GUCAAAGCAGCGGCCAACUUUAGGUGGUCAUCUGAACCAAAAGUUUUAUUCUUUCUGCUCCACGAAAGCUAUGAAGUGCAAUGAAAGUCGGCUCUUGAUGCGUAUUUUCUUGGUGAUUUUUCUUGUUUUUCAAUUAUUUACCACGUCGAUAUUGGAUUCCUCACUGGAGGAAACCGUCAUUGAAGAUUUCUUCAUUUGCCGCUCCUGUGGACACGAUAUUAGCCUGUCUAACUUUCUGUUAGACAAAUAUAGCCCAUUGGCCAUCGGAUCAACGAAUCAAACAUUGUUGGCUGGUAAGCAAAUAUCCGUACAAGAAGUGCAGAAUACUCUUGGUAUACGGUUCAAGAUUAUAAUAGUUCAGCAAGCAUACUGCGCUAAAGUUGAUUCCUGGAGUACCCUACAUUCUUGGUUUCCCGGAUACGCGUGGAAAUUGUGCGUUUGUCCUAAAUGCCGAACACAUUUGGGAUGGAUGUUUGAACCAACAGAGACUGCAACUUCCGAGCGGUACUUUCCGACAGAGAACGGCUUCUACGCUCUAAUUUACAGCAACGUCAUAUCAGAAAGAUACGUAAACUCACUGCUUAUGCGAGAAAAAAUUCUUCGAGAUAAUUAACUGCCGAUUAAGUAAUUAGAUAUCAAGUAACGAAAUGGUUGACCCGAAGCGACACAUUAAUGUUCUCUCGGAGGAGGAUCAAAUAUUCUUGAAUGAAUGCGAGGAAGAAUUCAAGGAUCGGUUCACAGAAAAUGACACCGAGU